AUGUCAACUGAAACUUCAGGUCAACAAACUCCUGUUGAUGAACAUCAUUCAGAUGAUCAUGAAAAAUUAGAAAACUCCUCAUUGGAGUCGGGUCACCAACAACAAGGUGGUAUUCCAGAAAGACCAUUAAAAGAAUACUUCUUCAUCAGUGCUUUAUGUAUGAUGGUUGCCUUUGGUGGUUUCGUUUUUGGUUGGGAUACUGGUACCAUUUCAGGUUUUGUUAAUCAAACUGAUUUCAAAAGAAGAUUUGGUCAAAUAAAUGAUCAUGGUGAAUAUUACUUAUCAAAUGUUAGAGUUGGUUUAAUUGUCUCUAUUUUCAACAUUGGUUGUGCCUUUGGUGGUAUUAUCUUGGCUCCAUUAGGUGAUAAAUUCGGUCGUCGUAUCGGUUUAAUGUGUGUUAUGAUUGUUUAUAUCGUUGGUAUCUUGAUUCAAAUUUGUUCUUUUGACAAAUGGUAUCAAUAUUUCAUUGGUCGUAUUAUUUCAGGUUUAGGUGUUGGUGCUAUUGCUGUUUUGUCACCAAUGUUGAUUUCUGAAACUGCUCCAAAAGCUUUAAGAGGUACUUUGGUUUCAUGUUAUCAAUUGAUGAUUACUUUUGGUAUCUUCUUAGGUUACUGUACUAAUUAUGGUACUAAGAUUUACUCAGAUUCUACUCAAUGGAGAGUUCCAUUAGGAUUAUGUUUCUUCUGGGCCAUUUUAAUGAUCAUUGGUAUGGUUUUAAUGCCAGAAUCUCCACGUUAUUUAGUUGAAGUUGGUCGUCUUGAAGAUGCUCGUCACUCUAUUGCAAGAUCAAAUCAAAUUCAUGAUGAUGAUCCAGCUGUCUUUGGUGAAGUUGAAAUUAUUCAAGCCGGUAUCGAAAAGGAAAAAUCUGCUGGUACUGCUUCAUGGGGUGAAUUAGUUACAGGUAAACCAAGAAUCUUAUAUCGUGUUGUCUUAGGUAUUAUGUUACAAACACUUCAACAAUUGACUGGUGAUAACUAUUUCUUCUAUUAUGGUACUACUAUUUUCAAGGCUGUUGGUUUAGAAGAUUCUUUUGAAACAUCUAUUGUCUUGGGUAUUGUUAACUUUGCAUCUACUUUUGUUGGUUUAUGGGUUGUUGAAAGAUUUGGUAGAAGAAACUCAUUAUUAGGUGGUGCUGCUGGUAUGAUUGCUUGUUUCGUUAUUUUUGCAUCUGUCGGUGUUACUAGAUUAUACUUGAACCCAGAACAUACUGAAUCAUCAAAAGGUGCUGGUAAUUGUAUGAUUGUUUUUGCUUGUAUCUACAUUUUCUUCUUUGCUUCAACUUGGGGUCCAAUUAUUUAUACUGUUGUUUCAGAAACUUACCCAAUUAGAAUUCGUUCAAAGGCUAUGGCUCUUGCUACUGCUGCUAACUGGUUAUGGGGUUUCCUUAUUGGUUUCUUCACUCCAUUCAUUACAUCUGCAAUCAACUUUUACUAUGGUUAUGUCUUUAUGGGAUGUUUGGUCUUUGCAUUCUUCUACGUGUUUUUCUUCUUACCAGAAACUAAAGGUUUAUCAUUAGAAGAAGUUCAUGAAUUAUAUGAAGAAAAAGUUUUACCAUGGAAAUCAACUUCAUGGGUUCCACCAUCAAGAAGAACUGCACAACAAGCUGCUGAACAAAAAGAAGAAAUUGCAGCUCAAGAAGCUCCAAAGUUUUUGAAAAGAUUCUUUUAG